AUGUUUGACUGUAAACCACACUACAUCAACAUACUUCCUCAUUUCAAUGGGAGGUCCAACGAUGAGCCAUAUACGCAUUUGGCGGAAUUUUCUUCGGUUUGCAACACUAUCGGGGGGCACAGUUUUGCAUUAGAGGAGGUUAAACUUCGCUUGUUCCAAUUCUCAUUAAAGGACAAAGCGAAGCAAUGGUUCCUUACACUCCCGGCCAAUAGCAUUCGCACAUGGGGAGAGAUGCAACAAGCAUUUUUAGAUGAAUAUUACUCUAUGGAAAAGACCGACGACGCUCGCGAUGAAAUUAGGGCUUUUCGCCAAUUGUCAGGCGAAUUGUUGCAUGAAGCCUUUACAAGAUUUAAGGAAAUGAUGCGGAGAUGCCCACAUCAUCAAAUCGAGAAGUGGGAAUUGGUGAAGUGUUUUGUAUGUGGGUUGGAUAAUGCAACAUGGAAUCGUCUCAAGUCGACAAGUAACGGGACUCUUCUGAGCAACCAUGAAGAUGAUGAUUGGGAGUUUCUGGGACGAAUGAGCAAACAGUCAAAAGAAAAAGAAUCUGCCGAUCGAGCCAAGAAACAUCCUAUUUCCCGGUCACUUCCCGAUCUUGACUCUAAAGAUCGGAUUUCUACUCUAGAGCGGGAAAUGGCUCGAAUGAAGAGGAAAGAAGUGGGUGCAAUACAAUAUAGCGUAUGUGAAGAAUGUGGUGACAUCGGUCACCGGACCAAGAAAUGCCAAGCCACCACGGAUGUGAAUCAAGUGUAUGGAGACCGGAGGAAAUAUGAUAUGAACUCCAACACUUACCACCCCGGAUUGAGGAACCAUCCUAACUUUAGGUAUGGUAACGCCUCCAACCAAAUGAACCCGAAUUUCCAAUCGGGAAAUCAAGGUGGGUAUUCGCACCAAAAUCGCCAAGGAGGUAACCAAGGGGGUUAUCAAAGGAACAACAAUCAAACUGGUGGCGAUGACUUGAGUGCCAAAAUGGAUGCUUUGCUGAAUAUGCAAAAAGAAUCUCAAAACAUAUAA